AUGCAGAUCCUCCAACCUACCCUGAAGUCCCUGUCACUUCGAAAACUCCGACGAUCCAACGCCAUCAAAGUCCUCCUGGCCAGCGCACUUCUCUGGUCGAUUGCCUACACCUACUGUCGAACUCGGUUCUGGCGAGAUCCUCAUUCGGCCUUCUUCAAUGACCGCCAUGUCUACGAAUGGAGAUACAGUCUCUACCGGGAACACGAGGCCCGGCGCCUGAUCACCAACCACAACACCCUUGCAGAGAACUUCACCUCCUACACGGGAGCAGGAUCGAACCCGUUGGUCUGCGCAGCUUUCCUGAUCGUGAGGCGCGAGGAGGAGAAUUACCUCGAAGCCUCGGUGGGGUCUCUGCUCGAGGGAUUGACUCCGCCGGAGCGCCGUGCUCUCUUCCUCAACAUCAUCUUCGUAGACACGGAUCCCAGCCAGCAUCCGAGCUGGGGACAGAACUGGAUGCAUCGAUUAGCGGAUCACGUUGGAUCAUACCAGAACAUCUCCCUGGAACAGUUUCACCACCUGCAGGAAUUGGAAAAGGCGCGGAACUUCUAUGAGAAGGGAAUGUUUGACUAUAUCCACGCGCUCGCGGCCUGCAUGGCCACUAAUACAACAUAUCUCGCGAUGUUCGAAGACGACAUCAUCGUAGCAGACGGCUGGAUGGCUAAGACCCUCAAGGGCCUGUCGGAGAUCGCUCAAAUCCAGGAGCUCGAACACAACAAUCAAAACAAACCGUGGGUCUACCUCCGGCUCUUCUUCACGGAGACCGCGCUGAGCUGGACGUCGGCGGACUUUGCCUACCGCAACAUAGGCUGGAUUUUCAUCCGGGCAUCGUUGUCACUGCUCGCCGCGCUCAUGGCCGUCCGCCGCUCCUGCCCGUCCAGUCACGCCUACCUCGAUUACCCGACCAUCGGCGCGAUCUCCUUCGUCAGCCUCCCGGCUCUGAUUGGACUGGUCUACAUGGUCGGCAAAUACAGUCUGAUGCCCCUGAGCGGCGUGGUGGAGAUGAACGCCCACGGCUGCUGUACCCAGGGGUUGGUUUUUCCUCGUGACCAGGUCGACGCGUUGAUCGUUCAUUUGAGCAAGGUGAGGGCCGGGCAGACGGACUCGAUCAUCGAGGAGUAUGCAGAUGCACAUGGUCUGACCCGGUAUGCUCUCGCGCCGCAGCAGCUGCAGCAUGUGGGUCUGAAGUCGAGUCGGGAUAACCUCGAGAUCAACACGCGGAGCACGUGGGCGUUCUGGUUUGAGAAGAACACGCCUGCGGAUCUGAGGAAAGAGCAUGAGGAUCUGCUACGUGAUAUUGAUGUUAGACGGCUCUUGGAUGGACAUAGCUGA